GAUUUUGAUGAACCCCAGCCAAACCAGUCAAAUCCACUGGUUCCUGACUGUAUCCAUGGUAACCAGAGCACAAGCGUUCCAGAGAUGGUUCCUAGGAGCCUUGACUACUUCAGUGACUUUCUAAGAUUGAGAGGUAAGUUGGUUGAGACAUUUCCGUUGACUUUAGUAGGUGGAGGCUGAGGCAGACUGAAUGUUAAACGAUCUGACUGUGUUGUUGGGUACAGCGUAACAAAACAGUGCAACAAUUACACAAACUGGGGUGUAUUCAUUAGGAAGCAAAUGUCCGAAACAGGGAAGGGACUAUAAGAAACACUUGUUUUCGUUUGUUACGGGGUACACUAAUGAAUACACCCCUUGGUUUCCACUCGAACAAUACUGAUCAGACUCUUCCUAUAUCCCCACAGGAGAGAGUUCCAGCCAUCAUUCUGAAAGUGAGGGGGCAAGUUCUACGUCAGGAGAACCUGAACAACAGGAGGAGAAUCACACAGCUAAGAACACACACAGUUGCAGAGAGUGUGGAGAGGAGUUCCCUACCCAGCAUUAUCUAA